AUGGGGCUGUUCAAGGGCCUGGGCUUGCUGCUCGUGCUCGUCCUGCUUGGGAGUCGCGCUACGGCGAAGUCGGUGUCGUCAGCGGAGGGAGACUGGUCUCUGGUGACCAGCCUCCUUGUUGGCCAGGUCCCCCCGGCGCUCAAGGAAGCCGUGGCGCAGUUUGACAACAACAUCCUCGUUCAAAGCCUGGGCCCAAAUGCUUUUCUGCUGACCGAUGCGCAAUACCACAAGCGUGUCGUCUUCAACGAAUCUGGCUCCACCCCGCUCGUCGCCCCGUCCAUCGAGUUUCCCGCCUCGGCCUCGGCAUGCCUCUUGCCCGAUGGCUUCGGUUUUGUGUACAACCAUGCCGAGCUUGCCUUUGUGGCCCCUGAUGGCACGACUCGAGCCAAAAAGGCCCUCUCUCCUUCGUUGCUGGCCAACGCCACCUUGGCGUGUGACCCUACUCAAGCCAAGCCCACUGUCAUCGUUGGAGUCGUGAACAGCUCGAGCAACUCACGAAAGCCAGCCGUUCCGUUGAUCUUCCGCUGCUUCUACAAUGCGUCCACACCUCAGCUCGAUUGCCGCACCUCCUCAUACCCACGCCGCAACACGGGCUUUGUUUGGACCCUCGACGGAAUCCUUACGGCAGCUGCUUUUUCGACACCCUUUUCCGAAUCCAGCUUCUUGCUCUCCAACCAGCUUCUCUAUCCCAACCAGCCCCCGCCACCAGGCCACUCGGUUGACGUCGGCCCGACGGCAACGUGCAAGGAGCUGCAGUACAGCUCUGCCGUCUUUCCCCUCAAUUCCCAAUAUGCCGCUCUUAUUACGGCCACCCUUGAGUUGUACAUUGUGCAAAUGGGCCCUCGUCCAAUUUUUUCCAAUUGUCGCGUUCUCGUGCACCGGCAGCUUCCCGAUGACAUUGCCGAGCUCUCCCACGCAAGCAUCUACCCCCUUGAUCCUUCCGGGACGCUGGCCAUGUUGGUGCUCCAGCCCAUCGACUCCGAUUGCGUUCACCUCUAUGCUUUGGGGUUUGAUCCAUCAAUUGGGGAUCAGGGCAUCUUCAACUUGAGCACAGGCCAUCCCCUCCCCGGUGUUCAGCUGGCUACGCACGUCUUUGUACCCCACCAAAAGCAAUUGCUGGUCAUGGGUCGUGUGUUGCAGCCACAGAAUGUACUCCUCGGUCACACGGUGCCGGCCGAACGACAGAACCGCCGUGACAUCAAUGCCAACACUGAGGGCAAAUUGACGCCAUCGAAGUUUUCGAUAAACCUUCAGGCUUAUACAGCGUCGGCCCACUCAAUCCCCAACGGCCAAUCGAAGCGCAAACACAUGCCGUCAUGGCUGUGCUGGGGUCUGAGUAUUGGUGUGAUGAUCGUGCUCGUAGCGGUUGUCGGGCAGCGGGCCAAGCGUAAGCAUGCAGAAGCACAAGGAGACGGCAACAGCAAGGCUUCUAAAAGGCUUCCAGCUAUGCCUGAUUUUAUGAUUUCAAUGGUCUUUGGCACGCUGACGAAUCAUUUCACGAGGAUCAGCGAGUCAGACUGUGUUGACUGGUCAUCUUCCGAUUUGUGGAUGUUGCUCCUUCGCAUCGAUGAUAAGAGGAAGAGCGACGAGAAGAGAACAUGGGCACGUCGCCUGCUUGAGUUGCUCAAGCACCACUUGGAGGCUCAAGCGCCUCUACAAGGGCCUCUCCCGGCCCGGCUUGCCACAUUGCUUUCUUACCUGACGGUUGACGAAGCAAAAGCCUUGGCUUUCACCUUCCUGUGCCACUCCAAAAAAAAAGAUUACGAGCUGGUCAAAGACGUUACAAGGGCCUUGCUGCAGCAAUUCGUUAAAAUCCCUGAUGAUCGCUCUGUCAGCGACUUUUUGUUGUCAAACAACGAUGGCGAAGAAGAGUCUUGCCUUUGGAUUCGUCUUUUACAACAUGGCUUCGAUGAUCUGGCACACGAUGUCUUGGAAUUGCUAGACUCUAACAAACAGAAGCAACAGGUUGAAGAGCUCUUGAGUGUCGACUCAAGAGUUUCUGGGGUCCAGAAAAUCGCGUCGUCUCCAGAGGAGUUUCCUCUUUGCUUUCGCUUCAUCGUCAGAUAUGGUUCCCGAAUCAACACACAUCGCGCCAAGCUGUCAGCGAUCGAUGACAACUGGUGCGAGCACUGGACGAAGCCCUUGAUGACCGACGGCAACCGACCGUAUAUUAUGAAUCUCUGCAUAGAAUUGGUUAAAGACCGAGAUGUGUAUCCCUUCGUGUUUAUGGCAAUGUGCAUUGUGGUCUUUUGUGACAAGAGGCACGGCACGAAGUCUGGACCCUACUGUUCCGCGUGCCUAAAAACCUUCAAAGACUACCCGGAUCUGUUCAAAGUGAACCUUACAACGGCUCGCAAACGUUACCAAAAGCGAGGCCAAAGAAAAACUGGAGGCCAAGCAAGCAACUCGACGCAGGCCACGCCGAGCAGUCCGAUGACGUCGUCACCCGUACCUUCCACUGCUUUGUGAUUCGAAUUGCAUUUUGUUUUUUUC